UGCCCUCCUGCAACCCUCGCAAUGGCCUCUCAGCCGUCUCAGCAGUAUGCCUUCCGUGCCCAAAAACGCCUUGGCCUCGUCGGCGGUUCCCCCGACUAUGACCCUGUGGAGAACUUUCCAGGUCCCGACGUGCCAGCCAGAACCUACCAAUACAGCCCAGACGGCAGGCUAUUCGCCUACGCCAUCUCCACAGGCGUACGGAUAUACCAGGCCGAGAGCGCACAGCUCCUCCAGGAUCUCUCUAUCCCCAACGUUGUCGAGAUCAACUUUUCACCCCGCGGUACCUACAUCUCCAUCUGGGAGAGGCCUGUCAAGUUCGAGGACGGCACACAGCACAAGAACCUGAGGGUGUUCUCUGUCUCCACCGGCGAGGAGCUCAUCGCGUUCUCGCAGAAGUCCCAAGAGGGGUGGGACCUGCAGUACACCAUUUCCGAGUCGCAUGCCGUGCGCCUCGUGUCGCAGGAGAUUCAAGUUUUCCGCCCCGCGGAAUGGUCGAAGGGGAUUGUUGACAAGUUGAAGGUCGAGGGUGCUGCCAGCAUUACCCUAAGCCCUGGGUUGAAUCCCUCUGUUGCCAUAUUCGUUCCCGAGAAGAAGGGUGCGCCUGCUAGCGUCAAAAUAUACAACCUCCUCAGCUUGGCCGGGUCACCUUUGAGUCAGAAGAACUUCUUCAAAUCUGAUCGCUCCAUGAUCAAGUGGAACACCCUCGGCACCCACGUCCUCGUGCUCACCUCAACGGAUGUCGACCAGGCUAACAAAAGCUACUACGGCGAGACCGGCGGCCUUUAUCUUCACAGUGCGUCAGGCACCUUCGACUGUCGUGUGACGCUCGACAAGGAAGGCCCUGUCCAUGACUUUGCUUGGAGUCCUAACAGUAAGGAAUUUGCCGUCACGUAUGGAUAUAUGCCUGCAAAGACCGUGCUCCUCGACCAACGCGCCAAGGUUUUGCAUGACUUUGGUACUGCUUUCUGCAACUUCGUCUCGUUCAAUCCUCAGGGUCGUCUGAUUGCCUUGGCCGGCUUUGGUAACCUUGCUGGCAAGGUCGACAUCUACGACCGACGGACGUUGACCAAGGUCACCACCAUCGAUGCGUCCAAUACGUCACACUGCGAGUGGUCGCCCGAUGGUCGAUUCCUCCUCACCGCUACCCUUUCCCCGCGGUUGCGCGUUGACAAUGGUAUUAAGAUUUGGCAUUGCACGGGACCGCUCGUGCACGUUCAGCUCGUCGAUGAACUCUACCAGACGUCGUGGAGAUCCACCCUUGUCGACUCUGCGCCCUCAUUCCCCGCACAGAUUCCUCCCGCGCCUGCACCCUCCGCCAGCGUCGCUGCGCACCAGGCUGCUGCUAAGCCUACCCCCUCCAGGGCAGCCGGUGCGUACCGUCCACCGGGUGCUCGCGGCCUGGAGGCGUCCUCCGUUUACAAACGUGAGGACGGGACCCCGAGUCCGGCUGGCACUCCCAACGGCCGCUACAGCCGCAGCCCUGCGCCUGGCCGAGUACACAGGAAACAUAUCCCCGGCGCGCCGACAUCGCCGUCCCCCGUGCGGAACGGCGACCAGGAGAAGCGGGGCAGGAAGCGCAAGGGUGGAAAGGAUAGCAAGAAAGCGAGUGCUGCUAGUGAGGAGAGUGUUCGGCCGUCCAUCGAGAUUCAGGUUAAUGGGAAUGUGGAUGGGAACGAGAAUGGGAACGGGAACGGGGUCCAGUCGCCUGCCAAUGGCUCUGUCCCCUCUACCCCAGCCAUUGACGCUAAUGGCUUGGAUCCCAUUGCGAAGAAGGUUCGCAAUCUCACCAAGAAGCUCAAGGCCAUUGAAGAGCUCAAGGAGAAGCAGAAGAAAGGCGAGCGGUUAGAGGCUACUCAGCUCAAAAAGAUCGAAACUGAGGCGGAGAUUCGGAAAGAGCUCUCAGGCCUUGAGAUCUCGUCCUAGCGCAUAUAUUCGCUCGUUACGCUAGGUGUCUUGACUUGGCCAUUCCGUUCACGAGUUCGUUCGCUUGGCUUCCUUUUCGAAAUCCUUCCUCUCUGUCUCAUCGCCGGGUUUGUUGUACUCGAUUUAAUCAUGGAAUAAAUGGUAUGUGG